AUGGAUGAAUGGAAAGUUAAAAAAUCAAUAUUAGCCACAUCCAUCGAGGAAAAAAGAUUAUAUAGAUCAAGAAUUAGAAAAUUUAGGAAAACUCAUGGAUUUUAUGUUAUUCUAUUAAUAUCACUUUUAGUACUACAAUUCAUUGCAUUAGCAUUUUUUACAAGAGGAUUUCUUUUAACAAGACCUGUUUACGAUGAUGUUAGUAUCAUUCCAACUUUAAAUACCGAAGAUGAAGCAUUUAAUAUUAAUUCGAAAUUUAAAAAGACUAUGUUAAUUAUUAUAAGUGGAAUCAGUUUUGAUAAUCUAAUACCGAUUCCCGAGGAAUCAAUUAAUUAUAAUGAAAGUUACCACAAUAAUUUAAAUGUAUUAUACAACAAUUUUAAUCAAUCCUUACAGAACACCAGUAAUGAAGAAUCCUCAUCAUCACUUCUCAUAAAAUUAAAGACUUAUCCACCGACUGAUACUUUACAAAGAGUAAAGUGUAUCACAGGUGGAUCAGUGCCUUCAUUUAUAGAUACAGGAAUUACAUUUUAUGGUAGUAUGAUUGAAGAAGAUAACAUUUUGAAACAGAUGUACUUAAAUAAUAGAUCAAUAUACUUUACUGGAGAUAAAUUUUGGAAUUCUCUUUAUAGUAAAUAUUUUCAAAAUUUUAAAUUAGCCAAUAAUAUCGAUGAUAUAAUAGAUUACUUCCAAAAGAUAACGACAUCCACAAACCACUCUUAUGGAGAAAGCAAUCGUUCUUCAGACAAACCCAUAAGUUUAGAUACCAAUUUACUUCAAAAUAUUUCCUCAAUACCGACAAUAUCUAAUGCUACUGUUACUACUCCUUCAAAGGAUUGGGAUAUACUCAUAGGCCAUAUAAUGGAAGAUACUAUGAAUGAGAAAGUUACUCAGUUAAAAGUCAAUUCUUUCCUCAAUGAUACGAUAAAUUCAAUAGAUAAUGACACAUUAUUACUUGUAUUAGGUGAUUAUUCAACUGCUAAUAAUCAUAUGCUAGAUACCGGCUUAUUCAUGUAUACGAAAAAGUUUAAAAAUUUUUGGAAUUUACAAAAUCAUCUGGGCGAAUAUAAUGUUGAUAAUUUUGGUGAGAAUUAUAGAGUAAUUGAUCAAUUUGAUGUUGUACCAUCAUUAUCACUAUUAUUAGGAUUACCAAUCCCAUUUAAUAAUUUAGGUUGGCCAAUAGAUGAAAUUAUUUCUCCAAUUAAUUCGAAUUUGAAUGAUGUUCGCACUUUAUGGUAUAAUUCUACUUUAUCUCAAUUAAAACAUUAUAAAGAUAAGACUACCAUAAGUAAAUCAAGAUCAAAAAAUGCAAUCCUACAGAAAUUAUGGUUAAAGGCAAUAGAAAAUCCAAUUGAAAAUGGUGAAAUUUAUCAAAAGAGUUUAUUAAAAAUGUGCCAAAAGAAAUGGACUCAAUUCGAUAAUUUAAGUAUCGUUAUUGGUAUAGUAUUAUUAUUCAUAUCUUUAAUUUUAUUAAUCUUCAUCACCAAGAUGAUACCUUCAAUCUUAGUGUCACAAAUGGUUACAGAAUUUGUUCACUGUAUUGGAAGAUGGGUAUUAAUCUGCAAUUUUUUCAUUAAUAUUUUAUUUUACAUAGUUAAGAAACCUACAAAUUAUGAAUAUAUUAUAUGGUGCGCGUUAUUUGCUACAGGUGUGGGUAUAACAAUUGGUAGUACUAUACCUAUUUUUCAAAGAUAUAAUUGGAGUUGGAUUUAUGGUAGAUUAUUUGAAGAUCCAUAUGAUUAUUGGACAAAUAUAGGAUUAAUGUUUUUAUUAACUCAUUGCCUAGUGUUCGCAUCAAACUCUUUUAUUAUCUGGGAAGAUCGAAUUACAAGCUUUUUAUUAACCACGUUUGGAUUCAUUUCAUUAUAUGAAUUUACAUUUAUUCCAAGAAGAACUAAUACUAGUGCAUUAUUUACUGCGGUUAUUAGUGAACAACAAGGUACAUCAUCCGGUGUUAAUCCAUCAAAGGCUAAUUCCUAUUCUUUACCUCCAACUAGGUUUGCAAGAUUAUUAGGUGGAUAUCAUUCAAUUGUACUUAUAUUAUGUACUAGAAUUGGCUCUUCUAUUACCGCAUGUAGACCUGAACAAGGAGAUUAUUGUAUACCAACAUUUACUAGUGAUAGUAAUUUUUCAGGUUGGAGUAUGGGCCUUUGUUUUUUAGCAGUAUUAUUUAUACCAUUAUGUGUUAAAGGCUAUUAUAAUCUUACGUCAUCAUACCAAGCUGCUGCUCCAAUUUGGAUCGAUGUUUUUUUGAAAGGACUACUACUGGGUAAUUUCAUUUAUUGGUCCCUUGUUGCCAUUGAACGUCAUAAUAUUGUCUUACCAUGGGAUUUGAGUAUUGCUAAACAAGUAUUAGCAAGAAUGUUAUCUGGAUUUGCCUUAGUGGUUUGUAAUUUAGGUUGGGCUCUAGGACCCUUGUGCAUUAAGUUGAAUACAAGAAAUUCCGAUGUUAGAUCUCAACAAACUACUAUUUUAGGCUAUUCCAAUAUUUAUGGUGCCCCAUUUUUCUUAUUAGUAUUGAACGCUUUAAUGAUUAUUAUGUUUUUCAGUAAACCUUUAUCACAAGUCUCCUACGCAUUGAUGUGCAACCAACUAUUAUCCUUAUUGGAAAUCAUUGAUCUUUUAAAAUUAAAGGAAAAUAUCAUUGCUCCAUUAACUUUGGGAUUAUUGGCUUAUCAACAGUUUUUUACCACAGGCCAUGAGGCCACCGUAAUGUCUAUUCAGUGGGAUAUUUCACAUAUUUUAUCUGAUACCGAAUCUCUUCCAUUAACAUCAUUAACAUUAAUUAUCAAUACAUUUGGCCCUUUUAUUUUAGUUGCUUUAUCAGUAGCAUUAAUUACAUUAUGGCAACAACCACCUGACGUUUUAAAACCACUAACUAUAUUGGGUAGAAUCGUGUCCAAUUGUGGGACAUUAUUAAUUUAUAAUACUAUCUUGUGUUUAAGUUCUGUCAUCUUAGUAAUAUAUUUUAAAGGACAUGAUUUGGAAUGGGAAGUAUUUUGUCCCAGAUACUUAAUGGCUGCAUCAUGCUUGGUAGUGAUACAAAUAGUUGUAACUUUUGGUACUAUUGCUUUUGCAACUGGUAGGCUAAUCACACAUAUUAAUGAUAUAUUUUGGAAAUAA